GACCAGUGGAUACAAUCAAAGAUACAAUGGCUUCCAGCACUGACCCCGAGGAGGAGGACGGCAUGGACGAGUUCCUCGAAAAGUUCAAGGGGAAGAUGUACAAAGAUGGCUUCACUGAGGACAACUGGGAGAAGGAGUUUGAUAAAAUUCCAAUGUUCAUGAAAAAGGCACCAGAAGACCUUGAUCCAAUGGAGCACCCAGAAGUUGCCUGCAUCCAGUCCAUGUUAUACGAUGAGAAUCAAUCUCCAGAAGAGCUUGCAAAAACAUACAAGAAUGAAGGAAACGAAUAUUUUAAGGAAAAGAAUUACAAGAGGGCAGUCGUCUCUUACACAGAGGGUCUGAGGAGGAAAUGCUCCGACACAGAGCUAACCGUCAUACUCUAUACAAACAGAGCUGCAGCACAAUUUUAUUUAGGUAAUAAUCGAUCAGCAUUAAAUGAUGUGAUUGCAGCUCGAAAAUUGAAACCAAAUCAUCUGAAAGCAAUAAUCAGAGGUGUCCUGUGCCACAUUGAACUGAAGGAUUCCAGCAGUGCAGUAUCAUGGUGUGAUGAGGGCCUCCAGAUUGAACCAAAAGAAAAACAACUCCUUGAACUGAGAGCCAAAACUGAUAAGCAGAAGCGGGUUGAAGAGCGUAAUCGAAGGAAGGCAACAUUGAGUGAUAAGAAGCAAAGGGUGCAAGCAGAGGCAUUACUGAAAGCCAUCCAGGAAAGAAAGAUCAAAUUAUUUGAGCCUCCAGAGCUGUCCAGUCAAAGCUCUGAUGAUGAAAAUGAUGGAAAGAAGGACAAUAACAUAGUAAGGACAUUGUUUAAUGGAGUGAAUGCUGAAAGUCAUGUAGUACACCUGGAUGAAAAUGGCAGCUUGCAUUGGCCUGUAUUGUUCCUAUAUCCUGAGCAUGAACAAAUGGACUUCAUCUCAGCCUUUCACGAAGAUACCCAGUUUAUUGAUCAUUUAUCAGAAAUGUUUGGUGAGCAAUUACCCCCAUGGGAUACAGAAAAAAAAUAUAAGCCAGCCAAUUUGGAGCUGUACUUUGAAGAUGAGCAGAUGGGGGAUCUUUUCCUGGUGGACCCAGUGUGUUCCCUGCGGCAGGUGUUGAGUCACCCCAGAUACGUUGUGAAGGCUGGCAAUCCAAGAAUCAUAAUUCUGGUCAGAGGUUCAUCGUUCUGUAAAGAAUUUUUAUCAGGAAAAAAUCUUCAAGAAAAUUAAAAUGUCUAUAUUUGUAUUUGAAUCCAAUCAAUACCAGUAACUGACUUCUGGAAGCUGAACAAAAAUGACUUUUUUUGUUGUUGUUGUGGGCAAGAGGGCAGGAGAGUGUUGGGGAAAGGAUCUGACUGCAACUCCAAUGCUAUCUUUUAUCAUUCUAAAAAUGUUGUAAAUGUUGGUUUUAAGUUAUAAGGUGUUGAGCCUUUUAAUAUCCAGCUGAUUCUAUGACAAGCACCAUGGACAUUUCUCUCAACAAUAACUUGGAAAUCAUAGUGUAGAUACUGGAAACCUGAAGUAAGAUGGCUGGAGCUACUGAGGUCAGCCAGCAUAUGAGGUGAGUGAGAAUUUAACUUUGAGAUCAUAACAGCAAAAGUGAGAAAGCAACUUAGAGGCUGGAGAGGGAUGAACAGAACAAUGGAGAUGUCUGAAUGAAAUUACCAAAGCAAUUCUCAUGUUUGCACUGUUGUUGAGAAAUUAAUUGGUUCAGUUGCAGAGAAGAAAACGAGCAUUAAAUCUGUGGGAUGUACACUGGCUGUAGCUGAAACAUGAACCCAAAAGGGUAAAAGAAACUUGGGCAGGUACACGUAUAGGAAAGGUCUAGAGGGGUAGGGGCCAAAUGCAGGCAAAUAGGACUAGCUUAGAUGAGGCAUCUUAGUCAGCAUGGAUGGAUUGGGACGAAGGAUUUGUGUCUGUACCGUGUGACUGAGAAAGUUGGAAAUGCGUUUACACAAUGCCUAAUACAUUUUUGAGGAGCAGUACCUCUUUCUUCCAUCUGGGUAUAAUCAUGCUAAAUGCAAUGAAUUUAAAAUUCUAUGAUGAAAGCCAAUGUGUUCUGUCUGUUCCACUCCUGUUGCAAGUCAUCCAUCUAUGACAUGGCUCCGUUUUUUGAUUACAUCAACACAGGAUGUCGGCAUGAUGCCCAGCCCUGCAUUUUAGAUUUUUACUCUCAUUUGUUUGUAUAUUCACUCGCUGUCCCUGAACCAGGCAAUCUCUAUAGUUCAUCAUCGUAUCUACUGUGGCCUCAGCCUAUGAGAGAUAUUUAUUUUGCCUACCAUACCCUUCCCCCUUCUCUUCCCAUGGUGUGGAAAAACAUGCACUGCCCUCUUUUGGGAUGGGAGUGAGGAAGAGAAAUACAUUUCUUCGUCACCAGUACUGCCAAGGGGCAUAAAAUCUUUGUGUUUUUUUUUUAAUCAACCUUAAAUUACCAUUAUUUGAUUACAAAAAUAACAUACUGCAGAUGGAAAUAGGCAUGAGGUCAAACAUUAGCUAGAGAGAAAAUCACCAUGUUAACCAAUUAGGAGAAGGAUACUGAAGAAGGGUUCUGACCCAAAACGUCACCUAUCCCUUUUCUCCAGAGACCAAAUGAGUUACUCCAGAAUUUUGUAUCUAUCUUUGGUAUAAGCCAGCAUCUGCAGUUGCUUCCUACACAUGUUAACGAUUCAGGUUGAUACUGAACUUCAUAUUAGAACAGUUCAGAAGUUAUACAUCUCAGUCAUCAGCAUACACUGACAAAAUUACAACACUUUAUGGUAAUGUCCUGGUGCAGUGAUGGGAAUUUUAAGGCACCUGCGCAUAUGACAAUAAAUAUGUCCACACUCUGCCGAGGCCCAGAUGGAUUUAUCACUGUUUGCUUACUGCCAUUAAACUCUGCCACAGAAGGUAGUUGAGGCCAGUUCAUUGGCUAUAUUUAAGAGGGAGUUAGAUGUGGCCCUUGUGGCUAAAGGGAUCAGGGGGUAUGGAGAGAAGGCAGGUACAGAAUACUGAGUUGGAUGAUCAGCCAUGAUCAUAUUGAAUGGCAGUGCAGGCUCGAAGGGCCGAAUGGCCUACUCCUGCACCUAUUUUCUAUGUUUCUAAAUUGUGGGGAAGGGAAUGAAAGACCCCAUGCAUACCCAUCAUGACACAUUACCCUGGCAAGCAACAAAGACAGAGCUGGCCAGAAGAACUACCUCAAUGAUCCCAGCUGGCCUAAGUAAUGCAAUAAAAUAUUCUGAGUUCAAAGA